AUGAAUGACUGGAUGACCUCAAACCCUGGCAAAACUGUCACAAUUUAUAAUGUGGCUCAAUUUGCUAAAGAUGCUUUCUUUGCUGCUUUUAAUAUGAAUAAUAUAUCCUCUGGUUUUAAGAACACCGGGAUAUGGCCAAUUAAUAAAAACAUUUUCUCAGAUGAAGAUUUUUUGCCUGCUUUCGUGACUGAACCACAGUCUCAAGACUCCCACUGUUUCAAGACUCUACAAAUCUUCCUCAAAUGA